AAGGAUUAAGAAGUCUACUAAGGUAAAGAUUGUAUUGAAAAUGUAUUUGAUAUAACAUCAUUAAACGCAGUGGUAUAAUACCAAUAAAUAUAAAUUUAAUCAAAACCUCGUAAAUUAGGAAGUUAUAUCUAUGAUGUACGUAUAUAAUGUAUAUUUAUGUUUUUUUUAAAUUUAAUAAAUCAGGUAAUUUUUGGCAUGGUAGGGAUGUCGCCGACCUUUGUUGAACGUAAAUAAAAAUCGACCAAGUUUUAUUAUAAGUAGAAGGGGCCUGGCACAACAAUCAUGACAUGGUGCCGUGCUAGAACCCUUUUAUACAAAUCGAAAUGACUACACACACGCUAUAGGUACUUUGCUAUGGCGACAAAUACACAAAUGGCUGAUUUUAUGUCGUCGAACAACGGAAUUUUGAACCACGAGAACCCCGAUUUUGCCAUAUUUGGAAUAAACAAUACCGAACCCACCGAUGGCAGUUUAAACCCACAGCGUAGACAAACAUGCACAAACAUUCCAUUACUACCCGCAGCUUUGCAGCCUCGACUUCAUCAGAAACGAUCGUCUAUAGUGAACAAUAAUAACAAUUUAAAUGAAAACAUGAGCAACACAAAUUUGGUGUCAUUACAAACAUUGACAGAUGGGAAAAUUCAAGCUACUAGGUCUCAAUGUGUCAAGAGUCGUAAUCCAGAACGAAUGAGUUUAGAUAGACGAGGUUUGAUGAGCGUGCCUGUAAUUACCGGUGAAGCUCGACUUCGACUGUUAUCAAUGCAACACAAUUUACUUACAAAAUUAGAUGGUAUUUCUGCAGCAGGUUUGUCUAGACUUGUUUUCUUGGACGUUUAUGGUAACCAACUGGAGAGAAUUACAGGUCUCGAAAGCUUGAACAAUCUACGUGUUCUUUUGUUAGGAAAAAAUCGAAUUAAACGCAUUGAGGGUUUGAAAACGUUACAUCGAUUAGAAGUUCUAGAUUUGCACGGCAACCAAUUAACUCAGGUAGGUGGACUGCAAAGUCAAGGCGAGUUAAAAGUUUUAAAUUUGGCUGGUAAUCAAAUCAAACUAUUGGGUUCGUUGGACCUUGCUGGUCUGAGAUCGUUACGAGAACUUAAUCUCCGAAGAAAUCGUUUAAAAUGUCUUUUAGGAUUUUCAGAGACUCCACAAUUAACGAAACUUUUUCUAAGCAACAAUGAAAUUAACACUAUUGACGAUAUGCCGAGUUUGGUGCAUUUAAAUAAGCUCCAAGAAUUAGCUAUUGAUAACAAUCCUGUAUCGGCUGUAGACGAAUGUGUAUCAUUCUUGGUGUCACAUCUAUCUCAGCUUCAAGCACUGAAUCGUACUCAGGUGACCGAUCAGAUGAGACGCACAGCUGUGAUCUGGAAAGAAACUCGAGAAAGCCUUAAAUGUGUAGCAGCAAAUUCUAUGCAAGAGCCAGGGAAAAAAGGUCGCGAUAAUAUAAUAUACAAUGCUAAAUCUAAUUGGGAACAAAUGCGUUCUCAGCACUGUGUGUAUCCCAAUUUAGCAACUUCGCUGAAGGACCUAAGAAGCUCAACGGAAACAGAAGACGGUACUAAAAGUGAUUCUGCUUUAUGUAAAAAUUCGUUGGAAGAUAAUCAUGAAACAGCAACUGCAGAACAACGGAAAAAGAAAAUGUACUUUUUAUACAAGAAUAGAACAUUUGUCGAAAAGAAGCUUUGUCGUCGUCCAACCACAGACAAAAGCGACACAGAACCUGUAACUAGACUACCACCAAUAUUGAACCAGUAUCUUAAUCAAAGUCCAACUUCCAAAAGAAAAUCUGAAUUUAGACAAAACGAGAGCAGUAGUUUAGAAAUGUAUCCGUCUGAUCAGAGCGUACAAAGUAAAAUGAGUGUUUCCAGCUUAGGGAAUGUGGACGCUUCUAGUAGUGAUGAUGAUACCAGUAGCAGUUGUGAAUCAUCUUCAGAAGAAAAAAUCACCAAAGAGCCAGCUAUCAAUACUCGACCAAUAAAAAGUGCUAAUCCUAGAAUGUCAGCUCCCAUAAUAAGUGAUCAGCAAGAAAAUAGUUUUAGACCAUCAACAUCCAGACCAAAACCAAAAGGAAAUGGUUCAAAUCUAAAAGAUAAAAAUAAAGAGCAAGGUGGUGAUUAUUUAGUCGAAAUAACAGGAAAGUUCUUAAACGUAUACGGGCAGGGCAGCUUACGGUACAUAGACAAACCUUGGAAUCAAUCAAAAUCGAAUGAUGUUUCAACAAUUAAAUUCAAUUAUGUUAGUUUCAAUUCUUUAGUGCCAGUUUUUUCUAAGAUAAAAAAUCGUUUCCCCAAUGCGGAAAACUAUUUUUUUCGUGACACAAAUAUUUACUGCCUCGGUCAGUUGAAUGCUCUGGCUGAUUUACAAGGAUUAGUUUCUUUGUACAUUCACGAAGAUGGAAACCCUAUUACUCGAAAAGAAUGGCAUUCUUAUGCAAUUUAUAGGUUAUCUCACUGGGGAUUAAAAUUUGUAAAUGACAAAGAGGUGGAUGAACCUCAAAUAGCCAAAUCAAUGGAUACUUUCAAAGGGCUGAGUAAUUUGGUUUUAUACUCACUGCCGGAAUCACUGUUGACACCGUUGCUCAAUAAAUUACAAUUAGAUUAUAGUACCGAAGAAAGCGCUUGUAAAUGGUUAAAGUCAUCGGACCCAGCUUUACGCAAUGUCGUUUGCAAAGAAGCAUUGCAGUGGCGUAAAAAUGGAAAUGCUCAGGAUGAAUGUAUUUGGAGACACAAAGGACUAGUCCAUUUCAAUUCAUUGAUCAACACUACGUGUCUAGCAAUGGCAAAGCUGAUUUUAUUAGAACAGGAAUGGCCUAUUGUGCUCAAAGAACUCAUACAAAACACAUUAGUCGAUUACUCACAACUUGAAGAAUACAUGAAAAGGAAAUUAAACGAUUUACGACCUACUUAAAAUCGAUUAAUUUGUGUCGUGUAGCUUCAGUCUAUACGUGCAACAAAAUAAAUUGUAAAUUACAAUAAUUAAUAAUUAUACUCAUUAAUUUUAUACAUAUUA